ACACUAACUAGGAGUGCGUAUAUAUAUAUUGACAACAUAUCUUUCUUUUAUCCACAAACAAUGGCUGAUCCAAAAUCCAUUUCUGAUCCUUACGAGCACCUUAAACUCAAACUAAACCCGGAUGGGUCAUUAACCAGACUUGCCCCGGUUCCAACCUUACCCGCAACACCCGAACUCACAUCCGAUAACCAACUCGCUCUCUCCAAAGACAUACCACUAAACACCACCAACGCCACCUUCAUCCGCCUCUUCCGCCCCGUGUCACCACCAACAAACACCACCAAGAACCUCCCAAUCAUUAUCUACUUCCACGGUGGCGGCUUUAUCCUCUUUAGCGCCACCUCUUUGCCCUUCCACAAUUCAUGUGCUGCCAUGUCCGCUCACUCUCAGGCGAUCGUGAUCUCCGUUGAGUACCGUCUCGCCCCAGAACACCGUCUCCCGGCGGCAUAUGACGAUGCCGUGGACGCGGUGUUGUGGGUUCGUGACCAGGCUUUAAGAAUCAACAGUUCUGAUGAAUGGUUGACAAACCACGCUGACUUUUCUAAAGUUUACUUGAUGGGAAGUAGUGCAGGAGGAAACAUAGUGUACAAUGCGGGUUUACGUGCACUUGAUCUUGAUCUCGAUCCGAUAAAGAUCAUAGGGCUCAUAAUGAACGAACCCUUUUUUGGUGGGGUCGAUCGUACCGAAUCAGAACUUCGACUAGUAAAUGACCCUAUUGUCCCUUUGGUGGUGAAUGACCUCAUGUGGUGUCUCUCACUCCCAAAAGGAAGCGAGAGAGAUCAUCAAUAUUGUAAUCUAUCACAUGAUCAAAAUGGAUAUCGAAAUGAAAAGAUUGUACGUCUACCAAAAUGCCUAGUCAAAGGUUAUAGUGGGGACCCACUAGUUGAUAGACAAAAGGAGUUUGCUAAUAUGUUGGAGGCACGUGGGGUGCACGUGAUAAAGAAAUUUGAUGAAGGGUUUCAUGGUGUAGAGUUCUUUGAUCCCCAAAAGGCACAAGUCUUGUAUGAUGAUAUCAAGAGUUUUAUUUGGGCUCUUGAUGAUAAAGAGUCAGCUUUAUGAUCCGUUGGAAACAUUGGAAAGAUGAGGGUGUUAUUUUGUAAUGCUUUUGUUUUCACUGUAGUUUUUUGUUAUUAUUAUAUGAAACAAAAUGUAUUACUAUAUUAUAACAUAUGCACUUAGUACUUGCUAUCGAUAGUUAUGUAA